GACUCCGCCCCUUUACGAGCAUCGGACACCUUCAGCACAACAAAGCAUGUGUCGCUCCGCAACAUUGUUUCUCCUCUGAACGGCCGGAAUAUAGGAUUUUGUCGGAUUUUUUGCUCCUUGCUUUCCCAUUGAUGCUUAUCCUAGAUGGCUACCAUGACAACAGAGGCAAGUGCAGUGAGCGAGGCGGACACUGAGGGCAAGCAGAAGGCAAGCGGCGCCGAACCCGAACCCGAGAACAAGCAGAAUCCGGAGGCGGCAACAUCUGAGCCAGAGGGGGAGCAGUCGAGCAAGAAGGCCCAAGAGCAGGCCUCUGAGCCUGGGGCUGCUGAUGUAGCUACCUCCCCAGAGGAGGAGCAGCUGAAGCCUCGUACCCGGACCUCUGCUGGCAAAGGCCUGUCUCGCCUCUUCUCCUCUUUCCUCAAACGCCGCUCACAGUGCUCUGAGGGAGAGGGGUUUGAGGCAGAGAAAGCCAGGGAGGAAAAGGCAGACAAAGAGGAAAAAGCUGAUAAGGCGGAAGAAGUGAAAAGCGAAGAGAAGGAGGCUAAAGUAGAAGAGGUAAAAUCAGAGGUUAAAGAAGAGAAAAAGACAGAAGAAAAAGUCCAGCUCAGGAGGAACACAAGGAAGAAGCUGCGAUAA